AAUACAUCGACUCCGGCGUGACCGGUCACCAGCGCGGUGAAAGGCGCGGCCCACCGAAAGAAUACAUGGACGACCGCUCCGCGAAGCUGAAGGAACAAUACCCUGGCCAGACCUUCGACGACCCGUCUGCUUCGCUCGACGGGGAAUCUUCUUCCAAGCCUUCCUGGAUGAAGACCAGACUCGAGAAGAAGAUCUUCAGAGGCCUACGAAUAUACAUCGACGGCUAUACCGGAUACACCACAGACCAGGAGCUGAAGCGCCUCAUCGCGCUUGGCGGAGGCGAAGUGCUGCACAGCGCCUCUCGGGCGACCCAUAUCCUCACCUCCAUGCAACUAUCCGCGAGCAAGAUGCACAAGUGGCUGACCACUACCCGUCAAAAGCCACACAUCCUGAAACCUACAUGGCUCGAGGAAUCCGUCGACGCCGGACGCCGGCUUCCCGAGCGGCACUACAGCAUGCUUAAAGAACGGCUGAAGGAUAUGCGGGAGAUCGCUUGGGAUGUCGAUGGUGUAAAGACCAUAACAGCGGUUCCAGCUGAAAGAAGUCUCGUGGAGAUGUUUGGUGGUACUAGCUCAAAGAAUUAGCGCCUUCGGACUUACGGGCCCCGCGUGCGGGACAUUAUUCCUGUUUAAACCAAU